UGGAAAUCUUAUCACUAUGUCCGAGUUUUAUACCAAUUUGGAAACUGGGAAAAACUUCUUUUCUAAGGAUGAUGUUAUGCGCCAUAUCAAAAUGGCAAGCACCAACGGUGGAAAUCCUCAGCCAACUACUCUGCACAACCAGAACCACUCAGAAAAAAUUCCUUCUCAACUUGUAGUGAACACAACGGAAUAUCCUGAAUGGUUACCCAAGGGUUGGAAAGUGGAGGUGAGAACGCGAAAGACUGGUGUGCAUGUUGGAAAAGAAUACAAGUGUUACAUUGAUCCCUCAACAGAAUGUAGUUUCUAUUCCAAGCCAGAGGUGUUUCGGUACCUCAAAACUGUAAAGCGCAAGAGUUGCAAGUCCAGAAAUCUCAAAACUGUAAACCACAAGAGAUGCAUGAUAAAAAAGAAGACUGUCGCUCCCUUGCAGAGUGCAAACAAAGUUUGUUCCCUUUGAUAUUCUCAUGCUUUAAUUCCUUUUUGUUAAUUGUUUGGAUGGGGACAAGGAUACUAAAAAUGCUUCGAAACAAAAUCUUCAGCUGUAGGUGCAUCAAAAUGUUUUACUAUGCGAUUCAUGCUUUAAAAUAUUUUCUCAUUUAGAGAAACUACGCGAUUCAUGAACUGAAAUCUUGAAUCCAGAAGAAAUCAUAAUCUAACUACAAUCUAGUAGAGAACACUUAGUACCUUUUGUGAUGUAACAUUCUAAAGGAUCAAAGUUUACCAUUUUCAACCUUUUUCCUAGAAUCAUGUUUCAUUUCUUUAAAGGGUAGAAACUUUAAGAUGAAAAUUGGCUUUUUAAAUUCCCUCAUAGAAAACAAAGCAUAGCAAGUGAGCGUCAUGGAACCACUACAAGUUUUUAUUGCAUGACAUACUGAAGCUGCAGAAUGAUUGCACUUUCUGUUUAGGGAUUUCAUGUUAUUACACUUGUUUAAUCAGGCCUGAUGCUAAUUGUUGAUG